AUGUCUUCUGCCUCAGGCAAAAGCUUUGAACCCGCCGAUUACCUCAAGUACUACCCAGGCACGAUAAAACCCGUCCCUGCUGAGGAACAGGCGGAAGUCCUCAACGACAAAGGCAAAUUGAAACAGUGGCAAGAUGAUUUUAUGCGUGGUCGCCCUGCUCAGCAGCGAGCCCGAGCCGAAGACUACGUCACAUGGACUUUACCGCUCCCUCGAGAGAUAAUGGAUAUGAUCCUGGGCGACCCAGUGCUGGGAGUGCGUGAGCAUCUCAUGUUGGCCGCAACUUGCCCAGAGCUACGACGGUUGUACCACAGCUACGACAUCUGGAGCAUCAUCAUGGACCAUCGCACGAUUCCUCUGAACGGGAAAUCGGUCUUCUUGUCGUCAAAAAGGAGUCCCGAACCAGCAUUUAUCACAGACCCUCCCAAGGGUUUACUUGCCAAAUUGGCGACCGCACCACAGAAAAAGAAAGCCUAUGGAGCGUUCUUCAAACCGAUGUAUGAAGCCUACGCCUCUCAUGACCGUGCAAGGCGCCUGAUGUUACACCAUCGAAUUUCACGAGACAAAAUUCGACGACUAUAUCCUCUUGUUACCGAUGAUCAUCUAGCUCGCCUCCAUUAUUACGAGGCAUUCACGGGUGGUUAUGCGAGCGACAGAACCGCCGCAGGUUACGCUGAAGCUGCGGUGGAGUUUAUCUCGAUUCGAAUUUCCAAUGGAAUGGCAUGA